ACUUCGCGCGCCCGCCCCUUCCGGUAAUGGCGGCGCCCUAGACCGCGCGGCCGGGCCCUCAUUGCCGCCAGUCCCCGCUGUCCGCGCCACCGCUGCCGCCGUCACUGCCACCGCUGUCAACUCUGUCACCGCUGUCACCUCUGUCACCGCCACCAUGCAUUCGGACGAUGUUGUGUGGAGCAUGCUGGGGAACAGGCAGUUCUGCUCCUACAAGAUGACCACCAAGACGCAGAAUUUCUGCAGGAACGAGUACAACCUGACGGGGCUGUGCAACCGCUCCUCCUGCCCGCUGGCCAACAGCCAGUACGCCACAGUCCGUGAGGAGAAAGGUCGCUGCUAUCUGUACAUGAAGACGAUCGAGCGCGCGGCGUUCCCCCGGCGCCUCUGGGAGCGGGUGCUGCUGAGCAAGAACUACGAGAAGGCUCUGGAGGAGAUUGAUGAGAACCUCAUCUACUGGCCCCGCUUCAUCCGGCACAAGUGCAAGCAGAGGUUCACCAAGAUCACGCAGUACCUGAUCCGCAUCCGCAAGCUGACCCUCAAGAGGCAGAGGAAGCUCGUCCCGCUGCGCAGGAAGAUCGAGAGGCGCGAGAACAGGAGGGAGGAGAAAGCUCUGAUCGCUGCCCAGCUGGACAAUGCCAUUGAGAAGGAGCUGCUGGAGAGGCUGAAGCAGGACACGUAUGGAGACAUCUACAACUUCCCCAUCCACGCCUUUGACAAGGCCCUGCAGCAGCAGGAGGCAGAGAGCGAGAGCGAGUCGGAUGCAGAGAGGGAAGAGGAAGAUGAGGAUGAUGAGGAUGUGGACAAGAGGGAGUUUGUGGAAGCAGAGGACAGUGAGCUCAGCGACUUUGAGGACAUGGAUAAGCUGGAGACAAGCAGUGAAGAGGAGCAGGAAGAGGAGGAAGAAGUGGAGAAGAAAGCCUCCCACUCCAAAUGGAAAGGGAAAACGCCCCUGAAGGGCCCAGCCAGGAGGAAACGUCCCUACAUUGAGAUAGAGUACGAGGAGGAAACAGAGCCUAGCACCAAGACAAAAACAGCCUGAGCCCUGCCUGGGCCCAUCUGGCACUGACUGAGAACUCCAGCUGUGUCACCAGAGAGUGAGUGCAGCAUCUGCCACCCCCAGCCCUGCUCAGGACCCUCAGAACUCCUGCUCUUGUACUCCACACAUCUCUGCAAGAGCAGCAGGGUUUCUGUCCCGAGCCCAGGCAGCUGCAGUGACUUUGUUCAACUCACAGAUCUGUGCAAGCACAGGAAGCUCAGCCCAGACUCUGCUCCAGGAGGAGCUUGGGGGGCUCUGCUGCUUCCUGUAAGGCUGCAGAAACCUCAGGUGGCCCUGGGGGCACCUGGAUGUGUCUGGGGGAGGUGUGGGGCUCACAGGUGGGACAAGAACGACAGAACUCUCCAAUAAAAACACCACAUUUAUUGUGUGAA